AGCAGCUCGGCUGGCCAAGGCUGAGUGAGAUGAACAGGCUGCAGCUGCUGCUGCUGCUUCUGGCAACCUGUACGUUGGGGGCACAGGUGCAGCGCUGGAUCUACCUGCGUGAGGAGUUCGAGGAUGGGGAUGGAUGGAAAAAACGAUGGGUACAAUCUAAACAUCAGCCGGAUUAUGGGCAAUUCCAGCUCAGUGCAGGAAAAUUUUAUGAACACAUAGAGCGAGAUAAAGGUCUCCAGACCACUGAAGAUGCCAAGUUUUAUGCCCUUUCGACCAGGUUUAAGCCAUUCAGCAAUGAGAAUGAGACCUUGGUGGUUCAGUUUUCAGUCAAACACGAACAAGGCAUUGAUUGUGGUGGUGGAUAUGUGAAACUCUUUCCUGCCACCCUGAACCAGGAAGAUAUGCACUCAGAAUCUGAGUAUUACAUCAUGUUUGGCCCUGACAUCUGUGGCUUUGGCAAUAACAUCGUGCAGGUCAUUCUCCAGUACCAAGGGAAAUACCACACAAACAACAAGACCAUCAAGUGCAGGAUCAAUAAAGACACUCACCUAUACACUUUGAUCAUUCACCCCAAUGCUACUUAUGCAGUCAAAAUUGACAAUGAGCAAGUGACAUCUGGGGAACUGGAGGGCGACUGGGACUUUUUGCCUCCUAGGAAGAUAAAAGACCCGUAUGCCCGGAAACCAAGGAAAUGGGAUGAACGUCUUCAAAUAGAGGAUCCUGAAGACAAGAAACCCACGGAUUGGGAGGACUUUGAGUUCAUCCCAGACCCAGAUGCCAAAAAGCCGGAUGACUGGAAUGAGGCGAUAGAUGGAGAAUGGGAAGGACCCCUAAUUCCAAACCUGAAGUAUAAGGGACAAUGGAAACCUCGGAUCAUUGACAACCCCAACUACCAGGGGGAGUGGAUUCAUCCAGAAAUAGACAACCCUGAAUAUAAGCCAGACCCUACUCUUGGCCACUAUUAUAACAUCAGUGUUCUCGGCUUGGACCUUUGGCAGGUAAAGUCUGGCAGCAUCUUCGACAAUUUCCUUCUUACAAAUGAUGAAGCGUUUGCUGAAGAGGUUGGCAAUAAAACCUGGGGAGAAAGAAAGGAUGUAGAGAAACAAUGGAGAGAGUUAUAUGAAGAAAUGGAAAAAAGAAGACAGGAAGAAGAGGCCAAGAAGAAAAAAGAAAAAGAAAAGGAACGAGAAGAUGACAUCUGGGGACUUCACACAGAGGAUGAUGAAGAGGACGAAGGGGAGGUUGAGGAGGAACCUGAAGAUGAAAGGCAGAUGAAAGAAGCUGAUGGUGGAAAAGCAUUUCUGGGUAAAAAUGGAGCAGUCCAUGUUGACCAGAAAGAUGAACUGUAACUAGGGGGGAAAGGUGACCCACAGAAGCAAGUGAGGCGUUGGAAGAAGAGGCAUUCACACGGCUAGCAACACUAGGGGAGCAAGUGAAUUCUGUCUUUGUAAAUAAAGUUGAGUUCCUAUUUCCCCCACCUCGUUUGCUCUGCAUAAUCUUAGAAAAGCCACAUCCCAUUUGGGGGCUAUUUCCUUGUUAGUGGAAAGAGUGGUCAGUCAUUUCUAUUUUCCGGAGGUUGUUGUAGGGAAUAAAUGAACUAAUGUGUGUAAAGUGCCUAAUAGAAGUAUGCAGUCAGAAGAGUAGCCGCAACUACUGUUAUUGUUGUGUUUAUUAAAUUAAUUGUUGGGUGAAUAAGCUUCUGCAUGAACUUGACCCUCACUUUCAAUUUAUCCCAUAGACCUAGGAAUUUUAUUUUGUUUAAAUACCUGUAUUACUUGGUAUUUACUGAGUAGCACUGACGGUUGUACAAUGAAUUUUCC